AUGCCCUUGAUCAACGACUUACUUGAAGAUCUAGAGUCGACACUUUGGUACUGUUCGUUGGAUAUGGCGAGCGGAUUUUGGGUAGUGAAAAUGACGGAUCGUGCUCGCUUGAUCUCAGCUUUUAUCCCGCCGUUCGGAAUACGCCCCCAGAUCUAUCAACGUAUGAUUGACAACGCGCUAAAUGGGUUCACCCGGAUCCCGAAGUCUGAAAAUCACGAAAGUACUUUGGAUGUGUUUGAGGACGGGGAAUCGGUGGAGCCAGGCUAG